AUGGCUAUGCGCGCGCUCCUGUCGUGCUCUUUCAUGUUUGUCCUCAUGCUCGUGAUCGACCAUGGUCUCCUCUCCGCUCAAUCGUCGGUCUCCGCUAUGGCGCCGAGCUUCAGCAAGGGUCAGCUGUGUCGCCCCACAAACCUCAUGCUGCGAGGAGGAAGGGGGACGAGGAAAGCGCGGCCGGUAGAGGAAAGCUCAGAAUCUGUCCAACAACUCUUGCCUGUAUCGACCGAAGAGGCGGAUGUAGGAAGAUGGGAGAAGGAUGGAGGGAUGGAGCGCGAGGACGAGGAAGAGAGGAUGGCAGAAGAGGAGGAGGAGGAGGAGGAGCAGGAGGAGCAGGAAGAGGGUCGUCAACAGGAUGGAUCCCUUCAGAGUGCGCAUCAGGCUCCCAUGGUGGAUCGAAUUUUCCGCCAGUGUCAAGACAGCAUGCGGAAGACGCAGGAGGAAGAGGAGGAGGCGGUUGUGCUCCUGCUACUCCCCUGCCCCUUGUUGACGUCCCGGCAGGUCCGGCAAGCCCGAGCAAAGUGGCUGAGAGAUGGAGGAAAUCAUGUGUUUGCCGUGGAGCUAGUCGAUAGCCUCAGGAGGCUUGCGAUCUCAGAGCAGACAAGAGCAGGAGGAGCAGGAGCAGGAGCUGGAGCUGGAAGCAAGGAGGGCAGGAAGCAAGAUUCAAAACGCAUCCUCAUCAACAAUGAGGUUGCAUCAGUCCUAUCACAGCAAGGGACGUUCAGAAGCUCAGAGAAACGCAUGCUGGAGGCUGCGGGCGUUCAUCCUGCCAUCCUGCUUGCUGCUGGCCGCUACUUCAUGGAGCUCUUCCUCCGAGUGCUGAAGAGAUCCGCUUCCACUCCCUGCAACGUCACAACAGCCGCCUGCACUUCCUCCUCCUCCUCCUCCGCUUCCUCCUCCUCCUCCUUCCACACGGAGCCGUCGGAGCGUCAGUUUCAUGCUCUUGCUCACCUUCACUUGGGGGAUCUUGAGAUGAGACGAGGGCACGAAGACUCAGCAUACAUUCACCUGCAGGCUGCUCUCCUUGCUAACUCGUCAAUCGCCGAAGCCGCCUACCUCAAAGCCAAGCUCCUCUUCCAGCUCGUGCAAGGUAAUCAUCUAGCUCUUGCGACACUAGAGGAGCAGGAAGAGGCAAAGCAGCAGCAGCAGCAGCCGGAGCAAGAGCAGGAAUCAAGUGUGGUGGGGGUUUCGAUAGCAGGAGACAAGCAGACUCGCCUCCUCCUGGGCUCUCACCCUGCCAUCUGCUCGUCGGUCAUGAAGGAGAUGAGGAGGAAGAGGCUCAGCGUGCGAGCGCUGCUCUCACACGUCGUGUCGCUCCUAGAAGGGAACGCGGAGAAGCUGGGACAGGCGGGGGAGCAGGCAGAAGCUUUCCUCCUACUGGCGAGGACGCACAUCGCGAUCUCGAUGCUGCAGCAGGAGAAGUCGAGGAGGAAAGAGGAGGAAGGCCUGCAGGAGGCGAGGAAAGCAGCUGAAGAUGGGCUGAAGAAGCAGCUGCACCAUCCGGAUCUCCUCCUCCUCCUUGGAGAAGCGUCUGCCAUGCUCACUCUUCGCUCCUCCUUGUUUCCAGUCCUUCGAACUCUCGGAGAGUCGCUCCCGCGUGCUCGACAACUCCUCCGGUACGCAAGAGCAGAACAAGACGCGCAGCAUGCGGACAUCGUCGAGGAAGUCUGCCGUCCUCUCCUCCUUGCUCCUCCUCCUCCCUCCCCAUCGUCCAAGAGAUCCUUCGCCCAGCUAGCAUGCCUCUACGCUCAGACGCUUGCAAAUCCAGUCCGCGACAGCAAGGGGGCGAAGGGGAAGCAGCGAGGUGGGGAGGACAGACCGAGAGGAAGAGACGGGAAGGGGAAGGGGGAGGAGGGUGGGGGGGAAGCUCUGAGAAAGAAGCGGGAGAAAGCGCGGGAGCUGUUCGAGAGAAGUGUGAAGGAGGUGAAGUUGGAACCAGAAUGUGGAGAGUCUGACGACGAUCAGGCGGAGGAGAGGGGAAGCAACAAGACGAAGAGCGACAUCUAUACAUCUUAUGCUCACUGGAAUCACUAUUACCUCGACAAGCCGUCUGAAGCUGCUGAGCUUCUGGACAAGGCUAUUCUCUACAACCCUUCCAACACUCCUGCUGGACUUCACCGCCGUCUCCUCCAGGAGGAGGAGGAGGAGCUGAAGCUCGAGGAGCUGGAGAGAGAGUAUCCGGGGCUACGCGACAAGAGUCUGCUACAGGAUUUCAUCAAGAUAGUGGAGAAGUCUCGAGCAUCUUCGGCCGCCAACAUCGCGGCAAGUGACAAUGGCGACCUGCCGCCUACGUCUGCGGGCGCAGGAGCAGAGGGAGGGACAGGGCAGAAGAGGAAGCGAAUAUUCGACUGGCAGGGGCCGGGCAUGUAA